ACCAAUCAAUGGGAUGGUUAGCUUUAGGGAAGAGCUGUAUAUUCAGUGUUAUUCUGUAUGCCAUUCACUGACUCAGUGCUCUCUUAGGACAACACAUAUUGCUAUGAGAGUCGAUAUCUUUUAUAUUAUUAAUACCUAAACAGUGUUUUGUAAACUCACAGUACAUAACAUAUCAACCAUUUAUUUAAUGUCGUUGUCGUAGUUGUUAUUGUGUUUGUAAUGACCAUCAAAUGCCAUACUAUAUAUCAUAGUCGCCGAUCUGUCCACUAAAAUAAUAUCGCCGGGUGUAUAGUCUAUCGGCGCGCGUUUCGUCUCUGAUGGCCAAACAUUGUCUGGUCAACUGAUCCAUUUUUUUUUAAUAAUUUUUCUUUUGGUGUCCACUUUGUUGUUGUUGUUGUUGUUUACACAUACCGUACCAAAAAACAAGAGGACAUUAACCAAAACCAUACCAUUUAUCAUAUCGUCACACAAGUGUUGACUAUAAAAUUGAUAUCAAAUUAUGUAUUAUUGUAAUCAUUUGGUCGUACUAUUGGUAGUCCUGAGCCUAUUGUGGCCGACCAUCAGUGCCCAACAUAACAAGUUUGGUACACCAACGUCACCGAAAAUCAAAAGUAAUACACACAUAACGCACACUAAUAGUAGGGCAAACGGUAACAAUAAUAAUGGGGGCAUCUAUUUCUCGGACAUACCACUCAACGAUGAUGAUGAGGGCAGUGCCGACGGUCCCGACGUCGACGACUUAGAGGAAAACGCCUCGGGAAAGGGCGAAGACGACGAAGACAGCAAACAUAGUUUAGAUAAGGAGGGCUCCGGAAGCAGACCCAUCAUCAGCGGUGGCAGCAGUGGUGUUGACAGCGAUGAUGACUCAUCUGACGAUGAUGAAGAUGAUACGGAUCUGGAGCUCGGCUCAGGAGACGAUACAUCAUUAUUCAUAUCAUCAUCAACUGAGAGGCCAACAACGAGACCAGACGUUACCAAACCAUUGGUGACGACGACACCGUUGCAAGACUUUAAGCAUAAACUUAAGGAUCCAAUUGAAGAUCCGAUUAACAAUAGAGUGCCUACAAUACCACCAGUAAUGGUAUCGCCAGUGGAGACGUCGACCAGAUAUACGGUGGUAUCGUCGACACAAUGGACACCGUCGGGUAAAGAUCACGAUAGUGAUGGUGACGACGAUGAUGAUGUCGAUGAUAAUGAUGGCGGCGACGAUAAUAAUAGUUUAGGCAAUGAAGUGUCGAUUAUGGGUCACAAACAGAUGACGCCGGCCUCGUUCUUUGCCCGACCCGGUAUUCUUGCAGCUGUGAUAGGAGGGGCUGUUGUCGGACUUCUUUGUGCCAUUUUAUUAGUUAUGUUUAUAGUGUACAGAAUGAGAAAGAAAGACGAAGGCAGUUACGCUUUGGAUGAACCCAAACGCCAAACAGUCAGCCCAUACGCCAGGGGCGCCUCCAAAGAGUUUUAUGCCUAGAAAUAAACCCCAAUAUAUAUAUAUAUCUAAAAAAUUAUUUAAUUGGAAAUUAAUAAUUUUCAACAACAAAAAACUAGACAUUUAAUUAAGUGGUGUUAUUUUGAUCCUACAAUUAAUGAUAAUAAUAAUAAUUGAAGACAUUGUUGGUGUUCAACUCAAUUAUACUGAAACAAUACAAUACAAACAAACAAACAAAAUUAGACAAUGAUAUGAACGACCAAUUUUUUUAAAAAAGAAAAAAUAAUUAUUUGUUAAUGUGAUUACAAAUUGUGUUGAGACAAAUGUCGUCAAAACUUUUUUUAAAUUUUAUUUUAUAUCAAUGUAUUCAACGUUUUGGGAGAUAUUUGUCGCUAAUUAUGUGUUUUUCGUCAUCACUUAUGGUUCACUAUUAUUACUACAACUACUACUACAACUGCUGCUAAUACUACUACUAUAUAUCAACAUAAUUACUAAAUUGGAUAACAUAUACAUUGAAAUAUUAUGAUAAUAAUAGUAAUAAAUGGAUUGUUUUUUUUUUUGUAAUUUCAUAAAUGAUGCAAAAUCAGCCAUAAAGAUAAUAAAUUAUAAAUA